CUUUCACCUGUUCUCAGGUAAAGGUAAAGUCAGACUAUGUCUGCCGCCAUGUAAAUUCCCUCCAAGUCAAGAAAUAUCAAGGAUGCGUGAAGAUAACGAAACAUAAAGACGUCUUCUUUUGAAAUAUGUGUGAUAUCAACAUGUAUAUCACUGAGUAAAGCCUUUGCAUCGUCAGCAAGAGCUAAAAACUAAGUGUUCAUGAAUUGUGGGCAGUCAUGGAGGAAAAACAUAAAGUUCUGCUCCGCGCCAAACGCCUGGAGAUUACAAGUGAUCUGCAGUUCAGGGAGAUUCGGCGACGCCUUUUGGACAGCGGAAUCCUCAAUGGCGAGAACCUUGAUGAGAUUGAGAAUCAGCAAACUCGUGAAGACCAAGCUAAAGCCUUGUUAGACAUUCUUCCUACCAGAGGACCGAAUGCAUUUGGUGUGUUUCGAGAUGCUCUGAAGCACCAUUAUCCGCAUUUAGCUCGGAUAUUGAACGAUGAAGGCCAACAGGGACCACCUGAAGCGCCCCGUGUAUUCGUCAUCCACGCAGGAGAAGACAAAGAAUCAGUUGUCCGCCCUUUGGUCGCCACGCUACAACAACAGGGGUUGGCGGAGAAGGACAUAUUUUUCGAUGACGUUUCCAUCAGACCAGGCGAAGUCAUUCGAGACAGAAUAAUUUCGACCUUAUCGAGUCAAAGUUUAGAACUUGCUGUCGUUGUUGUCAGUACAUCAUUCCUGAACAAACCCUACUGGCCUAAACUGGAGUACGAAACAUGUCUGAAAAACAACAAACGGAUAUUCCCAAUUUGGGUAGAUGCUAACGAGGACAACUUCAAGGCGUUUAGUGAGUUAGUCGGGAAAUACUCUCCCACACUGAAACAGAUGAGUGCAAGGCGUGUACAGAGAGAUGAUGUUACUGACGAGCUGACAAACAUCGCUGCAGAAGUCGUUCAGCGACUUUCUACAUUAAGAAGUGGCACGCCCCAGCCUGCAGCUAUCCAAACCCUUUUGUACUUGACACCUUCUCCAUCCUCGAGCGAUGCUGGAUCGUCAGAUGAAGAAACCAGUAGCAAAGGCCAAGACACGCAUGCAACAGGCGGGAGUGACGAACAGCAGACAGAAGAUAAACUCAAGGAUGAAAAGGCAAAGCAGUUAGAGCUGAUAAGACAAGUAGGAGAACAUCAUAUAGCACUAUUGAAGAAGGCAGAAGGUCUUCUGUCAAGAGAGAAGAUCGAACGAAAGGCAGAGGAAAUGUUAGAUCAGCUUUAUCAAUCAAGUUUGCAGAUCCUUAAGGUCAAAAUGGGAUGCGCCAUCAUCCACAUAGUCCCCCAAAGUCUACAUGCUUUGAAGAGAUUUUGGGGUGACUAUAAGACUGGGAAGCUGAGAAGCGGUUUCUCCGACUGUCUUGUCACCGAUGAGAUGCGAACACUUGGCGGUGAAGACUUCGCAGUGAGCGUCAUCAUGCUGGAAGAGCAGUACCGGCAGUGGACAGAAUAUUUCAAAGCAGGAGACAUGACAGAGACCGUCCAGGAGUUCCAGAGUCUCACCAUGACACCUGCAUCUUCGUGGACGUCCACUGCCGUGAGCGCUACCACGUGGGAAAGCUAUGCAGAAGAGUAUCUAGCUGCCGACCCUGAACAGGUCAAACUACUGUUAGACAGUGCAUGGAGAGAUCCUGUAGUAGAGCUUGUUGUACUGAUCCCUUUCUUCUGGCCACAUAUCAUCACCUAUUGGUUAGAGAGAAACCAAACAUUCCCCCGAACCCUCACAGAGCUCUUGCAGUAUUCUCUUUGCAAACAUUUUGCAGGACAAACUUGUAUUGUUUCAGAACGACAAUGUGCUUCUUUUUCUGAAACAAUAGCUGAAUCCCUGAUAUCGUUAGGAUCAAAAGGGCUGGGAAGCAUUGUGGAAAGGAACUGCAGAGAGAUAGAUCUUAGUGCAGAUGACAGAAAUAGUCUUGACCGUGAAGUCUUUGGCCUGCUCAAACUGACUGAAACUAAAGGGUACACCUUUGUUAACACGUUCCUACAUGACUACUGUGUAGCACUGCACAUAAAGAAUGCUGUAGACAGAAUGACAGCCACGGCUGUACUUCAGCAACUGGUACAGAAUGCAGGCAGGAUGCCACUUGUUUGUUUCUUCGUGAGUGGGCUUUUCAGUGACAGGGCUGGUGACUUUCUGUCAGCUUUGGUAAAUGAUGGCGAGUUUAGUAGCCCAUUUGAGAAGGUAGAGACUUGCUUGAUAGCACUGGCAGAGACAAAUCUUGUGCAUAGUUUGUAUCCGUGUAUUGAAUCUGUCUUUGGCGGAAACGUUUUAGAUGUUUCUUCAGAGAGUGUCCUCUCUUUGUUGUUCUCCUCAGCAGCUAUCAGAUUUAUCAACCAGUCUCAUGUGGUUCAGUCUGUUCGCCUUUGUGAUCGAAGCAAACUGAAGGAACAGGAGUCAAAGAUUUUGAGCAAAUUGGAAGCUAAUCCAGAUGAAAAGUAUGUUUGGUUGUCCAGUGAUGUAUGGUCUGAUGUCUCUGACAGAAAGUUCAUUCUGUUACUCCUGCAGUGUAUUCCUCUGUUAUCUGCAGUGAAGAAAGCAGGAAGUCAAAGUGAAGAACCGAUUAUGUCUAAAAUCCCUCUACAAAGACUUAUCAUUGAAAUGUUUUUACAGGGCACAAUCAACGAUAAUCAGCUGUUUCAGCUGAUACAAGCUAUGAAGCAUAUGGUUUCUCUCACGGAUCUGGACCUGAGGAGGUGUAACCAUGUUCAUGAUGAUGUUGUCCACCACAUUUCUCCAAGUACAAAAUACUGCAGUACAUCCAAACUUACAACUAGUCCAGUAAUGAUGCUAAUGUCAAGCCUGCCCCGUCUUGCCCGAUUACAAGAUCUAGAAUUUGAUGAUUGUACUUUUCUAUCAGCUACUGAAGUCAGUAUCAUGUGUGACAGCAUUAAGGGCUCAUGGUCGUUGGUCAAGCUCCGUAUAACUGUGCUGCCGGCUGAUUGGAAUGAUAUGAUGGGUGCUGCAAUAGGAAAGCUCUUCCUCAGGCUACCUAAUCUAAAGGACCUUGUGAUUAGUAAUGGUUUUCGUGAAUCAGGCACAGCUCUUUCUCAUGCUGUGACGCACCUUGGUGCACUCAGAAAGUUACAAAAACUAGAAAUAAAUGUAAAAAUUCAGUAA